CCUUACAGCUCAGUACUGUGACUGUGAGCCUUUUCCCUGGCUGGUGUGUUUUGUGGGACAUUGUCAAGGAUUAGUUGAGACACUUGUAAAAUCAAAGUUAAACUUAGUGUUGAGUGGGCCCUGGAAAUACUACACACAAGUGAAGGCUAAACUGGACUAAAGGUAGGAUGUAAUGUAAUGUUUGUUUUCAAGAGCAGAGGCCAAUCAUUGAUACUUGCUACCUAAUAAUCCCCACAGUGCUCUGUGGGUGUACCUGAUGCACUUUUCCUGCAAGGCAGUCAUCUAAUUUAACAGUUGUUUAAUUUUUGUACACAUAUGCAUUUUCUACUUCCCUGCCAAACCCAUAUUAAGGACAUGAAUUGUUGUUAGUAUUGUGCUGGGAUCAACAUGUUGCUCUGAAAUUGAACUCAGAUGUUGUUUUAUCCCCCACGAGAUACACAGAUGUGUUGAAAAUGUCACAUCGUUAUUAAAAGGGUAUCCAGGCAGGUUUGUGAGGCCAAAUAUAGUCCUUAUCAGCCAGCGCAGCAUGAGUGUGCAGUUCAGCAGGGUGAGCAUGGAGCGUAUCACCAACACAUGUGAAGUAUAACUGAAUGUGUCGCAGAAUGACAGAUGAGGCCACAAAACCACAAGCUGGGAGAAGACCAUUGAGAAAAGGGACAGUUUUUCUGGGUGACCUCAGCUCACCCACGCACGGCUCCGGCUCACAAUCCUGGUUAUCAAAGCAGCUCAGCGUCUUCACGGUCCGCAAGGCGGAAACUGGGGAUGAGGAGGGUGUGUGCCUGCUGAACUGAAGAGAGGGAGACACUCAGAGAGGAUGGACGGGAGACACAGAACCAUGGCUCUAGUUUUUCUGCUCUGGACCAUUGCAGACAUGCAGGCAGCGGGCCAGAUUCUGGAUGUGUGUGCUUCCUGCCACGCUAACGCCACAUGUGAUGACAAGUCUGACGGCUCUGGGAAAGUGUGCAACUGUAUGUACGGCUUUGUCGGGAAUGGAAGAACCUUCUGCCAAGACAAAGAUGAGUGUCAGAUAGGAGCCAGUAAGAUCUGUGGGCAGCACACCUCCUGCCACAACACGUAUGGUAGCUACUACUGUACCUGUCUGGACGGCUACAGCCCCUCCAACAGCAUGGCCAACUUCAUCCCAAACGACGGAACCCACUGCCAGGACAUUGAUGAGUGCAGGAUCCCGGGGCUCUGCGGAGAGGGAGCUCUGUGCAGGAACCUGGAGGGGAGCUUCGACUGCAGCUGCCAGGUGGGAUACCAGGUGCACAACGGAGCUGAGCCCUUCCACCCUCAGAAAGACAAGGCCUCCUGCAAAGUGGUUGACUGCGGCCAGCCUCCCUCAGUGGAGGACACGGUGCUGCUGUCAGCCACAGGGACCAGGUACGGCAGCGUGGCCAUGUUCGGCUGUGAUGACGGCUUCCUGUGGAGAAGUGGAGACAACACCUCUGUGUGUGCAGCUGACGGAGCGUGGAGAGGACCAACCAUGGUCUGUGAAGAGGUCGACUGUGGCUCUCCCCCCGCCCUCCCUCACUCACACAUACUGUGGAAUAAAUCCUCAAAGAUGGGCUCUGAGGUCAUUUAUCAGUGUAACUCGGGAUAUCACCAUGUUGGGAAGGGCAACGUCUCCGUGUGUGCUCCCAGUGGACGGUGGGAGGAGGCGUCUGUGCUCUGCCGAGAGAUCUUGUGUGGGAGUCCUCCUGUGAUUGAAUCCACCGAGCAGGUGUGGAACGGUAACUCAGCCCCCGGCAGCACUGUGCUCUAUUCCUGUAAAGAGGGCUUUUAUGACAAAGGAGGAAGUAAUUUGUCUGUCUGUAAUGAAAGCGGUCGUUGGACGCGGCCAACCCUCUCAUGCCAAGAGAUUUUAUGUGGGGAUCCUCCUAUUCUUCCCCACACCUGGCAAGUAUGGAACGGUAGCUCCAUCCCUGGAAGCUCAGUGACUUACUACUGUAAAACAGGAUUUUAUGACGAGGGAGUAAAUAAUAUCUCGCUCUGUGCAAUUAAUGGCUUCUGGACAAAGCCAAACAUCUCAUGCAAAGAAAUUGACUGCGGUACGCCCCCAGCCCUCCCUCAUUCAGUCAUGCUGUGGGAUAGGAGGUCUGCCAUGGGCUCUCAGGUGGUUUAUCAGUGUAACUCUGGAUAUCAUAAUGUUGGAGAGGGAAAUGUAUCGGUUUGCUCUGCCAGUGGAGAGUGGGAAGUGGCCUCUUUCCUCUGUCAAGAAAUCAAUUGUGGGGAGCCUGUUUUUAUACCACACACUAAAGUACUAUGGGAUGGCACAUCACACCUUGGUAGCUUGGUGUAUUACCAAUGUGAUGAAGGAUAUUACAGUAAAAGCACCCGAAACUACUCAGUGUGUGGAGAGCAUGGACGUUGGGAAGAUAUCGACCAAUCAUGUGAAGCUAAAUGUGGCCCAGUUCCACUCCUGGCCAACGCAGAGGUGGUGUGGCACAACAGAAGUGUUGUGAUCCAUCGCUGUGUGGACGGAUUUCACAGCUGGAGGGGCAGCAACGUCUCUGUGUGUGGCCACACCGGGAUGUGGCAGAUGGCCACGCUGAGAUGCAUAGAAAUCAAGCCUGCUAUCAAUCACUUAAUAGUUAUUAAUGAGAAAUGUCUGCACUGGAAAGCAGAGAAAUAUGAAGAGGAUACUGAAAUUUACAAGGUGAUGUACUUUGGAUCCAGGGAGUACCAGAGGUCAUUUCGUGAUAAAAGGACGCAGUUUCUCAGCUCCAAGGCUGAACAAGUGGAACUGUGUCUCAACCUGCUUCCUGUGACAAACUACAGCAUCUCCAUCACUGCUAUGUCCUCCAGCUUCACCGCCACCAUCACCGCCAACACCAGCUUACAAGUCCCUCAAGCCCCAGUCAUCCACUACAAAGAAUAUGAGACUCCGCUGCCUGUUUUGAGGCUACACAGAUCAGCGAACACCCAGGACCCAAUAAGUCUGUACCAGGUGUUUGUGCUGCUGGUGGAGGGGAUGAUGGUGUUUGACUGCACCUCUCUCAGGACUCCAGACUUCUUCAGCCAAGGGGAGCUCCUGGGACAGUACGUCACAGCCCAGGUCCAGGUCACACACGUGGGGACAGAGAUGAACUUCACUGUGGGGGACGGACUCUACUACGAAGGCUUCUUCAAUGCACCGCUGGAGAGCGGCAGAAACUACUACGUCAUCCUUCGAGCUGUCAGUCAGUGGAGAGGGGCUUUUAAAAGUUCCUGUGUUCUGUGGGCAAGAGUAAGAGGUACAUCCUAUGUGCUGAGGGUUUCCUCGCUGUCAGCUGUUGCAUCAAUAGGGCUGGUUGCCUUGGUCAUUUUGGGCAGACUCACCUACAUGUGGUUUUUCAAGAAGACAUGACACCCUGUGCAUCUCUUUAUUCUGACAAAUAAAUGAAUCUGUAAUUUAACUGAAUUUAAUAUGAAACUGAAUUCAGUCUCCCAUGCCAUUUGUACAAUUUGUUAUAAUUUGU